CUCUAGCGUAGGUAGCAGACAUCCGUCGAUUUCGGACCGAGUCCGCCCCUGAUUAUCUGCGGAGUGUUUGUUCCUUCCUCGGCUCCUCCCGUAGCAGCUUAGUAGAAUAGAGCAGCGAAUUGCCGUCGCCAUUGCUGCUGUGCAGCCGUGCGACGCAGGGACGGGAAAGAGAGAGGGGAGAAACAUUUAGCACACCGCGGGGCGCGGAGGCUAUAAAUAUAGCAAAAGGCUCCGGUCCGGUAACGUGCUGCAGAGGGGCCAGCCCGGAUUAGGCAGCGCCGGCCAGGACCGUCCAGGAGCCAAGAGGUCUCCGUCCAGCCAUGGGGGACGGUGCUGAUGGCGCGGAUGCCGCCUCCUCGCCGCCGGCCGCCGCGGGGUUCUCCUACCUCGCCGUCUUCCACAACUACCCCCUCGUCGCCGCCCUGCUCGGGUUCGCCGUCGCGCAGUCCAUCAAGUUCUUCGUCACAUGGUACAAGGAGAACAGAUGGGAUCCUAAGCAGCUUGUCGGCUCUGGUGGCAUGCCAUCAUCACAUUCUGCAACGGUUACAGCGCUAGCAAUAGCGAUUGGCUUCCAAGAUGGCUUUGGCUGCGCCCUCUUUGCAACAGCAACAAUAUUCGCGAGUGUGGUGAUGUACGAUGCUUCUGGUAUCAGACUGCAUGCUGGAAAGCAAGCAGAGGUAUUGAAUCAAAUAGUUUGUGAGCUUCCUUCUGAACAUCCCUUGUCCGAAACAAGACCACUGCGAGAACUUUUAGGCCAUACACCAACCCAGGUUGUUGCUGGUGCAUUGCUUGGGUUUACCAUAGCUACAGCAGGACAAUUGUUCCUUUGAAGGUGCAGAAGAACUGUGGUAGCAUUUGCAGGGACUUGAGAAGAAGCUUCUCUAGUUUUCUGUUACUUUAGGUAUUGGUAAGAUUUGUAACUCUGUGCUCUAGUGCUGUUAAGGUUGAAGUUUUGGUGGCACAUAGUUGUAUGUCCAGGUGAUGUUCACAGGAUUGAUGUACAGAACAUUUGUUCGAUAGUUUCAUUGUUCUGGUAAAUCUAAAAUGUGAGUGUUUCCGUGAUAA